UACAACUUAACCACACACCAUUUUUAAAGCCAAGUCAGGGCAGCGAACAUUAUAUUUUACAACGAUGGCAUUGAGAGUUUUGAUCGUUUUGUCAGUAUUAGCUUUAGGAUAUACAAAAAAUGUGGACUUCAAAGACUGUGGUUCUCUUGGUGGAAAAAUAAAUGCAGUGGAUGUCAACCCGUGCGACGAUGAGCCUUGUGUUUUACACCAGGGAAAAAACGUCACAGUAAAUGUCAAUUUUACAGCUUUGGAAAAUUCAGUCGGAGCAAAAACUGUUGUACAUGGAAUUAUAGGCGGUGUGCCAGUACCAUUUCCGGUCCCGUCAGACUGCUGUAAUAACCGCAAUCUUAAAUGCCCGAUCACAUCUGGUGUAACUGAUAUAUACACAAAUGCAGUUUACUGCAGCCCGUCGUAUCCAAAGAUACGUUUGGUCGUAAAGUGGGAAGUUCAGGACGACAAUGGCAAAGACCUAUUCUGCUUUCUUCUUCCGUUGGCGAUACAAUAGUUUUAGAAAAGGACUACCUAUAUUGUUAAAUUCAUUUCAUUAGCCACUUCAUGAUAAUAUCUAAUGAACUUUGUAAUAAAUCUUCAAAUAAUU